GGGAGGCCUACACACAGAGAGAGUGUGAUGCCACAGUGAUGUCACAGUGAUGUCACCGUGAUGUCACCAGCAGAAGUCUCUUCCACUCACCUGAAGCUUCUCAAUCAGAGCUGAGUUCCUCUUGGAUUUGGCAGGUUGUUUCCUGUCUCACCUCGUGUUCGUCUCCGUGUGUCUUUGGCAGCUGUAGGGAGCGAGGUGGUCGUCGUCUGACCGGCUUCUCCUGCUUAAAAACAACAACAACAACAACAACAACAACAACUGUCACACAGAAGAGACACCGGGCAGAGACGCAGGACGUGGGUGUUUUGAGACGAAGAGUGAAACAGGAAAAAGACUGCGUUAUGGAGGAGGACACCUUAUAAGGGACAUUAUGAGCCGCUCUGACUCUGACUCCUCCCUCGCUCUUUCUCCUGGCGAAUUACGAGGUCCGCACACUCCAAAGCCCUUCCUCAUGUCAUCCAGGUUCCACCCCCUUCAUGGCCCUGGCUCUGGGUUUGGAGGAGGAGAAGGAGGAGGAGGAGGAGGAGGAGGUCUGGAGAAGAGCUCCAGCCUCGGGGAGCUGAGGGGAAGUCCCACCUCCGUCCUCGCCUCGUCCAGCUCCACCCGCUCCCUCUGCAUCGCGUCUGACGCCGCCAACAGUCUGGCGUCCUCGUCCUCCGCCUCGUCCACUUCAUCGGGAGGUCGCGGGACGUCCAGGAGGAGCCCGGCGGAGGAGGACGGCGGCGAGGAGAGCGAGUCGUCCAGCUCCAGGAGGAGACACGCUUUUGAUAAGAUCUUCAAGAAGAAGCAGGGGCGUCACUGACAAAAACACCUCACUCUGCUUUUAGAGGUUUCAGGUCCACGACAGACGUCCCUCACAUGAAGAGGGACGGGUUAAAGACAAGGGACGUUUGAUGGAUUUAAAAUGAUUGACUUUGGGGGAAAGAAUUCUGUUUUCUAACUUUUUCCAUUCAUGAAACAAGUGGGUGUGGUUUGACACAGCUUUGGUUAUUGUCUGAACACGGACAGUUGAGGUUUUUAUUUUUUGACGUGUUGUUGAGCAUCAAGAAUCAGCCUGACACAUUUUAGCCACUGAGCAAAAGACUCUCCCUCACCAAAUGCUGCUGGUCUACUGCUGCCUCGUGUGGUCACUUUGUGUCACUGAGGUCAAUCUAAACUAAGGAGUUCAAAUUUCUGAAGUGACAAAAUAAGACAUUUGAACUUAGUGAUGGAGGCAGCAGUGGAUCAACAACUCCUGUGUGCUGUCAUGUUAAAAUCACUGAUUUUCUCUGUGGACUUUGGUGUGGGAGAGUGAGCGGUUUACGAACUUCAGUUUCCUGUUGGAAAAGUGCGUUUAACAGUGAGAUAAAGACAUCGCAGACUUGUGUUGAUGUUGAUUUUAUCAAAUAAAAAAGGCUCAAGUAACUGUAAACUGAAGUUAGUAAACCACUCACUCUCCCACACCAAAGCCCAUAGAGAAAAUCAGUGAUUUUAACAUC